AUGGACACGCCCUGGCCCAGCUCCCCCUUCCAGCCCGGCGAUCUUGUCGCCUCCCGAUACCGCAUAACGGGUUUGCUAGGACGUGGUGCAAACGGGCUGACCUACGAAGCUCAGCCUCUUACCGCUUCUGAGGCCCCCUCCCCCGUCGCUCUCAAAGCCCUCUCCUUCAAAGCCAUGUCUAACUGGAAGUCUCUCGAGCUCUUCGAGCGCGAAGCAGCCGCCCUGCGUACCCUGUCGCACCCGGCUGUCCCGCGCUACAUUGAUUUUUUUGAUGUCGACGUGAAGGGAGAUCAAGUCUUUGUCCUAGUCCAGCGCAAAGCUCCAGGAAAAGCACUUCAGGAGUGGCUAAAUGAAGGAAGGAGAUUCACCACUGAGCAGGUCGCCGCCACCUUCAGACAGCUGCUCGAGGUUUUGGACUACCUUGCCUCGCUCAAUCCGCCCGUGCUGCACCGCGAUGUCAAGCCAAGUAAUGUCAUUCUGGAUAUUGACGGCAAGGAACCGAGGCUCAGCCUUGUCGAUUUCGGAGGCGUCAAUGCGGGAAUGCGGUCGGGGACGCUAGGCUCGACUAUGGUGGGAACAUUUGGAUACAUGGCGCCUGAGCAGUAUGGCGGCGGCGGUGAUGUGCGCAGCGAUUUGUACGCGGCGGCUGCAACUGUUCUGUACAUGUUUACUGGACAACCGCCGGCUUCUCUACCUCAGAAGAGGCUGAAAAUGGAUAUCGAAAGCGUAAUUCCAGAACGCGAGCAACUCAAGCUCGGCAACAUUUAUACAGUUGUGCAGAAAUUGCUCGAGCCAGCGCCAGAAGAUCGGUACGAUUCGCCUAGAGCUGCUCUUGAUGCGCUGUUAGCCACCCACGACAGUCAAGAGGGUGGCGAUUUGAGAGACUCAGGCGUGGCGGGCGAAUUGUUAGCGCUCGGAUCCUCGCUCGCUUCGGAGGAUGCGGCCUCUUUGUCUCGGGCGUUCAGGGCUAUUGGUACGCCACAGGAUGUUGGAGGGGGACCACUUGAAUUACUGACGGGGUGGGCGGGGAGACGUAUCAGAAAACGGAAGCCAGCGGGGACCAAGGUCACAGUGGACCGCGACCGUGCGAAUCGAUUAUUGAAAAUCACAGUACCUCCUGACGGUAUCUCUGGGGAAGUUUUAUCUAAAGGGGCGUUUACUGUGGCAUGGACAGGAUUUACGGCCUUCUGGACAGUCGGAGUUUUGACUGGUGGCGCGCCGCUUGUCUUCUCGCUAUUUAGUAUACCAUUCUGGGCGGCAGGAGUGCGGAUGGCGAAGAGUACUUUGGAGCAAAUAACUGGACUAACGACGCUCGUGAUUAGUUUUGGGGGCGGCAAGAAGGAAGUGUUUUAUUUUGGCCUUGCCUCCAAAAGGGCUUUCGGAAGGCAAGAUUUUGUAGAGGGGGAUGCUCGAGACUUAGACCAGGCGAUGAUUAACACUGAAAUGUACGUGAACGGGGAACCUGUCACACAGUUGGUGCUUCAAGAAGGCACGCGCCGAUACAUCAUGGGGAGAGGUUUACAAGUGGUUGAACAAGAAUGGUUGCGAGACGAAAUUAAUGACUUUCUGCAACCGAGGAGAAGGUGGUGA